CUCGUAAGGUAAAAAGGAAAACAGUUUGUUCAAAACUUGUAGCCGUUAGUUCUCGACUGUUAUAGCAAAAAUACUGAUCGAGAAUGAACGCAGUGGUGGAAAGGACAGCUGCUACAAUAUGAUGCAGUGUGUAGCUCAUGGGCACGAAAUCGUUGCCCUGGCGAAUCUCAAGCCGCCUACCUCGACCGGCAAAGACGAGCUGGACAGUUACAUGUACCAGACCGUUGGUCAUGACGCGAUUCACUUCUAUGCCGAGUGUAUGAGCUUGCCUCUAUACCGACGAGAAAUUCAAGGCACGCCGAUUCACCAGGAAUACGAAUACGUUGCUACUCCCAAAGAUGAAACAGAAGAUCUCCACCUGCUUUUGCAAGAUAUAUUGAAAGAUCAUCCUGAUGUCCAAGGCGUCUCGGUGGGGGCCAUCUUGUCAAACUAUCAACGUAUCCGAGUCGAGCAUGUGUGUGAUCGCUUAGGGCUCAAAUCACUUGCUUAUCUCUGGGAACGAGACCAGAAGGAACUAUUGGCUGAAAUGGCCGAUGCGGGUGUACAAGCCAUUUUAGUCAAGGUGGCAGCAAUGGGCUUAAAGCCGAUUCAUCUCGGCAAGACCAUCGGUGAAAUGUACCCUUACCUUUGUGAGCUGAACGAGAAAUAUGAAUCGCAUAUUUGUGGCGAAGGUGGCGAAUACGAAACAUUUACACUAGACUGUCCGCUUUUCAGAAAACGAAUAGUUGUUGAGGAGACUGAGACUGUUGUUCAUUCGGAUGAUGCGUUUGCACCCGUGGCAUAUCUGAAAUUCAAGCGCUGUGCUAUCGCCGACAAGGAGUAAGCUUAAACAAUAGCUUAUAUUUUCAUAUAAAUGUAUGAUGUUGAUACGGUAGUUGUUGUCAUGUGUGUAGUGAUGUAUAUAUAUAUAUAUAUUUACAAAAUAUUGGA